AUGAGUUAAUUUGUAGACUAUGAAUGGAAAAAAGAAUGUGAAGGGAUCAUUUGGGAUUACAUUUACAAUCCACCAAGAAAAAUAAGAACAAAAUACUUAAUAUCUCGGACAAAUGAAAAGGAAAUUAUGUACACUUUAGAUGGAUGUAGUUUGAAAAUGUAACAAUUCAUUUUUCUAAUCUUAGAGAUCGAAUUAUUGGCCCAUCAAAAGAGCUUGAUUUGAUGAACAAUUUAGAAUAAAUAAAACAUUUGUAAUGGAUCGGAUAAUAUGGAUAAAAUAACGUAAAAAUUGGUAAAUGGAUAAUAAGAUGGAAUGGUGAAACGUUAAAAGAUGUUGGAGGAUAAUACUCUAAUGAUGGAAAAAAAUAAGGAAGGUGGAUAGAGUUAUUUUCAAAUUAUUGGAAGUAAAAUUUUUUGUAUUAUUUAAUUAGUAAAGCUUGA